UUAUUUCAUUAAUUUUUACUAGUAGAACUCAGAGAGCGUUGAAUGAUGGCGAAGAUUAUUCCAUCCCACAUAGUGGGAGUACUAGUUGUGUUGUUGUUGUUGUUCUGCUGCUGCUCAGGCAUAACAGCAGCAGAAUAUAUGGCAUACAAGGACCCCACACAGCCUAUGAAUGCAAGAAUUAGAGAUUUGAUGAGCAGAAUGACUCUAGCUGAAAAGAUUGGUCAGAUGACUCAGUUGGACAGAGCAAAUUCGACAUUUGAGAUCAUGAGGGAUUUCUCAAUUGGCAGUGUACUGAGUGGUGGAGGAAGCGUUCCUAAAAUGCAGGCCACUGCAGAGGAUUGGAUUGAUAUGGUUGACAAUUUCCAAAAUGGUUCACUUUCAAGCAGGCUUGGCAUCCCUAUGAUUUAUGGCAUUGAUGCUGUUCACGGUCACAACAAUAUCUACAAGGCUACCCUAUUUCCACAUAACGUUGCACUUGGAUGCACCAGGGAUAGAGACCUUGUGAGAAAAAUUGGUGAAGCAACUGCCCUUGAAGUUAGAGCUACCGGUAUUAAUCAUGCAUUUGCACCAUGUAUUGCGGUGUGUCGAGAUCCGAGAUGGGGAAGAUGUUUUGAGAGUUAUAGUGAGGAUCCCAAGAUUGUCCAAGACAUGACUGAUAUCAUAUUAGGAUUGCAAGGUGAAGGUCCAAAGAAGGGUGUUCCUUUUGUUGGUGGAAAAAAACACAUAGCAGCUUGUGCAAAGCACUUUGUGGGUGACGGAGGCACAACUGACGGUAUCAAUGAGAACAACACAGUGACUGAUUGGCAUGGAUUGUUGAGCAUUCAUAUGCCUGGCUACUAUGACUCUGUAAUCAAGGGUGUGGCUACCAUCAUGACUUCCUACUCCAGUUGGAAUGGAAUGAAGAUGCAUGCUAAUCGCAACCUAGUCACCGGUUUUCUAAAGAACACACUUAAAUUCCGGGGUUUUGUUAUUUCUGAUUGGCAAGGUAUUGAUAGGAUUACCACCCCAGCUGGUGUAAAUUACACUUACUCUGUUCUUGAGGGUAUUAAUGCUGGCAUUGACAUGAUUAUGGUUCCAUACAACCACACCAUGUUCAUUGAUACUCUAACAGACCUCGUGAACAAGAAGUUUGUCUCCAUGAGUCGUAUCGACGAUGCUGUUAGGAGAAUUCUACGGGUUAAGUUUACAAUGGGUCUAUUUGAGAAUCCAUGGGCUGAUAGGAACUUAAUCAGCGAGCUUGGAGCCCAGGCACAUAGGGAUUUGGCAAGGGAAGCUGUGAGGAAGUCACUUGUCCUGUUGAAAAAUGGAGAGAAUGCAGAUUCUCCUAUGCUACCACUACCCAAAAAUGCAUCAAAAAUACUAGUUGCUGGAAGUCAUGCAAGCAAUUUAGGCUACCAAUGUGGUGGUUGGUCAAUUACUUGGCAAGGACUUGAUGGCAACAACUAUACUGCAGGAACAACCAUCCUUGAAGGCAUUACAGCUGCAGUAGAUCCAAGCACAGAAAUUGUGUACAGCCAAGAUCCUGAUUCAGAUUUUGUAGAAUCAAACAAUUUUACUUAUGGCAUUGUUGUUGUUGGGGAGCUUCCAUAUGCAGAGACAGCAGGGGAUAGUUUAAACUUGACAAUUGCUAGUCCAGGUCCAGAUACAAUCAGCAAUGUAUGUGGCAAAGUUAAGUGUGUGGUGAUAGUAGUCAGCGGUCGUCCUGUCGUGAUCGAGCCAUAUCUUUCCUCCAUUAAUGCUCUGGUUGCUGCAUGGCUUCCGGGAACAGAAGGACAAGGAAUUGCUGAUGUUUUGUAUGGUGAUUAUGGUUUCACUGGGAAGCUUUCUCGUACUUGGUUCAAGACAGUCGAUCAGCUCCCCAUGAAUUUUGGAGAUGCACAUUAUGAUCCACUCUUCCCCUUAGGAUUUGGACUCACAACCAAUCCAGUUGUGUCAAAUUAGACAUUCUUUUUAGACUCAUUAGGAUUAAUGGUUGAGUCACACUCAAAUAGUAUUUUUAGUUUUUCGGUUAUUUUUUUGUUUUUUUUCCUUUUCCGGUUGAUUUGUUCCGUAUUUGAUUAAACAGAGAUUAUGGUUCUUAAUA